AUGAAUGUAUUGUCUAUGGGUGCUCCUCAAUCUCUCGACCCACAGCAGCAAGCUGUACCACCGAGAUCUUCGAAACGGAAGCCAUUCUUAAACGAGAAUCUUGAUGCCAGUAAUAGCAUAUCUAAACCAAACAUAACUAAUAACGGGUCUACACCUAAAAAUGAAAUGAAAUAUAUUAUUGAAGAAUCUCAGAAAGAUCAUGACAAGCAAACACUGCACAUUUCAACAUCCAGAAGAAUCAGAUCAAACACUGUUGGUUGGUCCAGUGGAAGUGCGAACAACAAAAACCAAUUUAUUAACACGCCUCACGGAGCGUCCGGUCAUUUAACCCCAAGCACCAGCAGUGCUACCAAUAGUACUAGUAGCGGAUCAAAUGAUUUGAAUGUCGACAAGUCAAACGCAUAUUUCAAAAGAUUAUCAACCUUACCAGAAAAGAAACCAACGUACAAGCAGCGAAAUAAGGUUACGCUUGUUUCUAGAAAACUUUUAUUUUCACUCAGUGAAAUGUAUUCGGCAAUCAAAAGAUUCAAUAUUAUUGGGAAUAAUGAUCUGGCCAUAUCAGAGAAAAUGGCAGUAUCGUUGUCCUUGGCGAAACGUCAAAUUAAUAAUCUUGUGGAGGUAUUGGAGAAUGUUGAAAGAGAAAAUGAUCUUGAUGCUCCUAGAUCUCCAGAUAUUGUGUUCAAAGUUUUUAAGAAGAAUAUUGCAAACUUCAAAGAGGUUAUCAAACAUCUACUUGAUAAUCUUGUAUUCUUCACUGAUAAAGUGGAUGUUUGUUUUAUAAGGAUGUUAUUGUUAUCAGUUUUUGGAUGCUUCAAUGAACUUUAUAACGCACUGGUGGCCCUUGAUCCUGAAGGUAGUGCUAUCACUAUGAAGAAGCCGAUGAUUUCUAAGGUUCUGUCUUCACCGUCUCUUUUUUCACAACCUGCGAAAUCUCUUGCUUCUAAGCAACUAUUGAUUCCAAAAACCAGUUCCAAAUCACAAUUGGCUGGCGCACGAAUCAGUGUAGUUGACCCAAAAGAUGCUAAAUUAUAUGCCAGCUCUCAAAGUGCUAUAACCACUGCUCAAAGAGUUUGUAAAGUAGUCAUUGAAACUAUGAACAAGCAAUAUGCCAACGAAAUCCAAGGCCAUCAAGGAGCGGAAGAAUUGCUACACAAAUGUGGGAAAACCCAAGCGUAUGCCAGAAAAUUAGAUUCUGCUUUGGCAUUAUUGACAAGAAGUGCUUUUGACCAUUCGAAUUCUGAAGAGCAAUAUCAAUCAUUUAUUACUGAGCAAGAGCAAUGCAAAAGAAUUUUCCUUAUUGAUUUUGACAGCUUUAUUACUACAGUCAUCCAAAUUCUUGCCCUGUUUAAGGAUAUGAUGAAUGAUUUCCCUGAACUUCGAAGUUUACGCGCGGAUAUGUCAUUACUUUCAAGAACCUCAAAGGAGCUUAUCGCUAUUUUCAAACCAGAUGCUACUAAGAAUGAAAUUCCGAUGUCAUCAUCUACUGAUAGUGGCAACUCUGUAGUAACACAACCUUUGCCUUCAAGCGCGGCGAGCAUCACCUUCAAUGUGGAAAGUCCGGUGAUGACUAAAAGCAUGAAAGGUUUACCUUGA